AUGUGCCAUGUUGCUAUUUUUUUUCAUACGAAGUAAUAAUUUUAUCAGCUAUUGAUAAGUAAUGUCGUUCAACAAAUGAGUGCACUUGAGUUCCAACAAGCGCUACAUUAGUGUCCUGGAUAUUUUUCCCCACUUAUUCCUUUCAUACAAUAACAUUUUCAUAGUACUACGGACUCUGUCAUUCAAAGUUUGUUUAUAAAUUUUAUUGCUGUAAAAAAUAAAAUUUAUUGUGUUAAUUAUUUGUAAACAAAUAAAAAUAAAUGAUUACAUAAUGAGUAAUAUAAAAAUAGAAAUAUUAGAAGACGCCGAAGACUCGUUUCGUGUUGUGACGUCAGGAAAGAUAAUAGCGACAAAUUAUUAUACGGAAAUUCUUGGGAAUUUUCUCGAUAACUACAGCUUCUUUAGUUCACGACCAUCAAUCCAAAUGUCGAGUAUAAGAAUGAAGGCAGCCUCUGAUGGACCUGAUGUUGCUCCAACAAUAACAACAAGUGUAUUGGAAGUAAUAGACUCAAAAAUACUCUCAGUUGAAAGGAUUCCCGUUGUUAUCAAAACCCAAGACUUGGUCAACAGCAGCUCGGUAUCAGCGACUUUCAGCACCUCAUUGGAGAAAGAGAUCGACAAUGCAGCGAUGUCGUCGUGGACUAAUUUUGAAGCCAUUCCAUUGGUCCAGAGUCAGAUUGGAGCUUUCUGUAUAAAAAUAAAAUACAAUGAUUUCUUGCUAGACUAUUCGCAAUGCUGGGGCGAAAUUAGAAAACACAACAAAACGGUUACUUUGAGAGAUAUAACCGCAACUGAAGUUACCCUUCAACCUGGACAAGGAGUUACCGUUAAAUUAACGGCUUUAAAAACAAUCGUCAAGGCGGAAAUUUUAUAUUGUUGGAGUAAUUACAAUACAAUUAAAAAUUUUACUGAAAUUAUCCAAACUGAAUUCUAUCGAAACUCUCAAGUCCUCGUUGAGGAUAAAUAGAAUUAAGUAAAUUUGUAUUUUUGAAAGUUAAAGUCUGAUAAAUUUUGUUAAAUUUUAUAAAUAAAAUUCCUCUAAAUAAAUAAAUUUAUUCAAUUAUUUAUUUUUAUUUAAAUUUGAAAAAAAAGUUUUAUAUUUUA